AUGAUGGAUCAGGACAUCCUGUCUGUGCGCUCUGCCGUCUAUGGUGCCCUCACCGACUUGUCUAAGAUCUCUGAUGGAGAUAAAUUGGUGGAAGUUCUGACUGGCAUUGAAUGUUACCUGGGGCAGGGUGAGAAUCCGGCAACAGCACAGGAGAUCGCUGAGUUUUUUAUCGAUCACACUACACUCCUUUUCUCAGGUUUUUGGUGGCCAAAAUGGGUCCCCAGUGGAUGGACCUUCUGACUUCAGAACAUUUGGAUCUCUGGGACAGUUUCUUCCUAAAGGGUCCUGCAGACCAAGCCUUCCUGGUGCUGGUGGACAGUCUGGGGCAAACAGGGCCUUCUGCUCGCCUAGAUCGCUGUGUUCACGUGCUUGAGAAAUUCCUGCAGCGUGGGGCCCUGGCGGAAGUCAUCUGGGAGGUGUGUGAGCAGCAGCUGGAAGCCACUCCAACUCCUGUCUUGCAUGAAGGCAUCUUGGCAAAAAUCUGUAACUUGCCUGACCACGUGGCCAAUUGUCUUCAAAAACAUAAUAAGUCCGUCUUUUAUUCACAAAACUACUUUCCUCGCAUCGGAAAUGCCAUACUGAAAGUACUGCAGAUGGUGUCUGUGUCCUUGAGAGACGGGAAAGGCUGCUCCAUCAAUUUUGUGUCCCAGCUUCUGGGAAAAGUCUGCAUGCAAGGCCGGCACAGAGAGCUGUUUUCAGUUCUGUUGCCACGUCUGACUGCCCUAGUCCAAUCAGAUUGCAUCUGGCAGAGAAUCUGCUGGAGACUGGUGGAGUCGGUCCCUGACAGAUGGAUGGAGCCGGUGGUGACUGGGCUUGCACAAAUGGCACCUGGACCAUCUGCUCUUUCCCAGUUACUGGGUGAUCUGGUUUUGAAAAAUAAGAAGACCCAGUUCAUUCUCACUCAGAAGCUGCUGUUCCUGCAGUAUGGUCACAAGAAUGAGAUGCUGCAAACUAUUCUGGGAUAUCUGUCUAUGGAAAAUAAUCGCCGGGCAUUGUUGAUUAAGGUUUUGCGGGAGCUUCUGGAGAUUUGGUCAUCGGGUAGCAUGGUUAAACACUCGCCUUACCCCCAAAUGCUACAUCUCAGUCGUUGUAUCUUCAUCUGCAUAAGUCUUCUGAAUAAAGAGGAGAUGGAGGGGUGCAAACAAGAGCUGCUGCAUGCUUUGACUUCUGGCACUCGCUUAUACCUGGACAGUUCUCUUCUUCCAGUCAGGUGUUUGGGAAUGGUAGUGGCUGAGUGCCUGAGCCAGCAAAUCGAUCUUGAAGGUCCCAGUCUUUCCUUCCAGUAUGAGGAGGAUGACGACAUCAAAGACUUGAAGUCACUACUAAACCCACCAUGUAUUUGUCUGCCAGACCUUCCAGAUCUUGCGAGGGCUCCAUCUGAGAGUUCUUAUAGUUCUACAGUUCCAACCAGUAAGAAGGAUGUAAAAGACCAGGAUGAACAAAAAACUGGGUCCGAAUCGGAACUGGACAGUGAUGAUGACCUGACUCCAUAUGACAUGAGCACAGACACUGAGCUGAAGAAGAACAAAACCCCAGCGUAUAUUCGGGACUGUAUGGAAGUACUGUUUUCAGAGGAUGUGGAGAAGCUGGAAGCAACGAUGUCAUCAAUGGCCACCCUGAUCCGCUCAAACUCUACUGCCACCAAAGAGGUCAGUACAGAACUUGCCAAAAUUCUCUUACACCUUGAUGACCGUUUUGGAGUCGAGAAGUUCACAGAGCUGAGGUUUGCAGCCAUGGUUGCUGUCACUGUUACUGAUCCUGUACCGGUGUCUCAGUAUCUUACAGAAGAAUUCUACUCCUUGAACUACAGCCUGAGACAGAGGAUGGACAUUUUGGAUAUUUUGGCAUCAGCGGCUAAGGAACUUUCAGAUUCAAUAAUCCCAGUAAAACCAGUAGAUCCUGAAGCAAAGGCUGAAGAUCACCUUUUAUCUAGUCGCCUUGUAGCGACACAACAGAGUGAGGAACCUGUUGAUUGGAGGAAAGUUGUGGAGGAGAGGAUAGCAAGCAAGGUUAGACGCUUUGCUAAGGGUCAGACAAGAGGCACCCCGGCUCCAACCCCAAACAGAUUUCAUACUGUUGCCGGCUACUUUUUCUUCCCUCUUAUUCAGAACUUUGACAGGCCAGUUGUCACGUUCAACCUUCUGGGUGAAAACCAUCUCAUGCUAGGAAGACUGGUACACACGCUGGGCAUAUUGCUGCACCUGGCUAAGAAUGCCAUGGUGGUCUCCCAAAUGGGGAAAGCGCUGCUGGAGUUUGUUUGGGUCCUCCACUAUCAUACUGACCCUUUUGUCAGACAAGGUCUUCUCUUCUGUGUGUCCACUGUACUGCUGAGUGUUCCCUGGGAGAGGCUUAUGACUGAUAUGGCAGAAGAGGUCCUGGAAAUGAAAUGCUGGUUAGCAGAUGUGGCUGAGAAAGAUCCAAAUGAAGGCUGCCGCCGUCUUGCUGUAAAUGGCUUGAUUCUAAUGGACAAGUACAAGAAGGAUAACCUUCAACCAACCCCCCUUGAGUGA